GCAUGCGCAGUCUCGGAUGCUGGGCGUCUCCGUAGGUCACAGCGCGGCGCUAGGGCAGCUGGGAAGAUGGCGGGUGUGGGCCUGGUGUCUGCGGCAACUUGGAUGCCUUGUCGAGGGUGGGGCCGGGCGGCCGUGUCCUUCGGCUUCCAGCGCGGCCUCAGCGCAUUACUUGAAUUGAAACCGGAUCGGGCGCCACGGUGGCUCCCAGCUUGCAGACAAAAGACAUCACUCUCUUUCCUUAGUCGACCAGACCUUCCAAGCCUGGCUUAUAAGAGGCUAAAAGGCAAAAGUCCAGGAAUUAUCUUCAUCCCUGGCUAUCUUUCUAAUAUGAAUGGUACAAAAGCAUUGGCUAUUGAGGACUUCUGUAGAUCUCUAGGUCACGCCUAUAUAAGGUUUGAUUACUCUGGAGUUGGAAGUUCAGAUGGUAACCUACAAGAAAGCACAGUGGGAAAAUGGAGAAAAGAUGUUCUUUCUGUAAUUGAUGACAUAGCUGUAGGACCACAGAUACUAGUUGGGUCUAGCCUUGGUGGAUGGCUUAUGCUUCAUGCUGCAAUUGCAAGACCAGAAAAGGUGGUUGCUCUUAUUGGUGUAGCUACAGCUGCAGAUGGCCUGGUGACACAGUUCAAACAGCUUCCUGUUGAGGUAAGUCUUAGGCAGUCUCAGUGUAUAUAUCCUCCCUCCCUCCUUCCUCCCUCUUUCUUUCCCUGUUCAUGUGUCAUUUAACCUUUGAUUCAUGAUGCUGUUCCUUCUUUUGUCUUACUUGCCUUUUGAUAUACAAUCUCUGCCUUCUUUAACUAUCUGGUCUCUCAUUCAAGGUUCCUUUUCUUCACAGUCCCUGUACUAAAUCACUUUGCCAAAUAUUUGAGCCACAUUAUG